UGUACAUAAAACAUUACAUGGAACGCAGCCUUAUUUAUUAAAGUAUUGUCAACGUCAAAAUUUGUCAAAACCGAUUUAUUUUGAAAUAUAUAAUAUUGAUAACACAAUUAAAAAUGAAAAAUCGAUUCAAUUGAAAUGUCGAAAAUCGCGGAGAUACGGACGUUAUUCGAGGCGAAGAUCAAAGACGGUAUCCCAGAUCCGCCCGGGGAAUUCGAUGCUCGCGAUCUGGGUAGAGUUAGCAGUGAUAAAUAUUUGUACCGGGUGUUGGAACACUCCCGGAAUAAUGUCCAGCAGGCUGUUGAAAUGCUUUACGAGAUCAUGGUCUGGAGAAAAAAGAUGAACGCCAACGAAAUCAACGAGAACACCGUUAAUUUGGAUUACCUGAAAGAAGGUAUCUUCUUCCCGCAAGGCAGAGACAUCGAUAGCUGUUUGCUGUUCAUCAUGAAGUCGAAACUGUACCAUAAAGGACAGAAAAACGUAGACGAAGUCAAAAAAAUUAUCAUAUACUGGUUGGAGAGAAUCGAAAGAGAGGAAGACGGCAAGAAAAUUACUCUCUUCUUUGAUAUGGACGGCUGUGGUCUCAACAACAUGGAUAUAGAGAUUAUCAUGUACAUGGUUACGUUAUUAAAGAAUUAUUAUCCUAAUCUUAUUAAUUACAUCAUCAUAUUCCAACUGCCCUGGAUGCUGUCGGCCGGGUUUAAGAUUGUCAAGGGCAUCCUACCCGCCGAAGCCAUCGAGAGACUGAGAACAGUGAAUAAAGAUAAGCUGAAAGAGUUAGUGGCUCCGGAACAGGCAUUAGUCAGUUGGGGCGGCAAAAACGAGUAUGUAUUCAAUUUCUUUCCAGAAAAUAGGAUCAGUGUUGAUAACACCAGCAAAUCCUCGACCCUUGAUAGUCAACAUUCUUUGGGUGAAAUGUUGAGCUUGAACCCGGGUAAGUUAUUAAUAUUUAAGGUCGAAAAUGACAGGAUAUGUGCUCAAUUAACGAUAACAAACAUGGAUGACAGUGUUAUAUCAUUUAAAAUAAGAACAACUGCGCCAGAAAAGUAUGUCGUUAAACCAAGCUCAGGUAUUUUAACGAGCAAAGCAUCACAGACUAUUCAAAUACAAGUAAACUCGGGGUUCCAAAUCAACUCGGUGGAAAAGGACAGGUUUCUGGUGGUGUCGAUGCAGAUACCGAGUGCUGAUAUAUCGGCCAAAGAGAUCAGUGAAAUAUGGAAAACCAUUGGCUGCAAGGCCGACGAGUACAGACUGAAGUGUUCAACAGUCAAUAUGUUGAAGUCGGAGCCAAUACAGGAGAAACCAAGCCACGAGCAUGACUCUAUAAUGUAUAAAUUGAACAAUCUUCAGAACAAUCACAAGAUGCUGGUGAAGAACAUCAAAACCCUGAGGAUGUACCAGUAUGCGACCUUAUUCCUGACAUUUCUCAGCCUGAGCCUGUGUUAUGUAACAUACAACAAGGAUUGCCAGCUAUGAAUUAUCACAAUAUAUAAAUAUCUUAGAAACUACUUAUAUCAUUUUAUCUUCCUUUUACUUUUAUUUAUUAUGUUAUAAAUUUAAGUUUAAAUCUAAAAUUAUGUUAUUCCUAAUGAGUUAAUUUUACCAAAGCGGAGAUUAUAUAUAUAUAUAUAUAUUUUUUUGUUAUUAAUUAAAAAAUUUGUACCAAAAAGGUUUGUUCCAAAUAGCUUUACAACUUUGUACCUCUUAUCAUAAGUGAAAUAUAUUAUUUGUUUGGAAAA